AUGCCUCUAAAAAAUAAAUAUGGAAUUUUAAACAUAGGGAUAGAAUAUAACUACAAUGAUGUGAAUGAUGUACAAAUAAGUGAGCUAAGCCCAGAUUUUAUUGUGACAAAUCUUUUUAAAGAAAGUCCAGUAAACUCUAAUAACUUUAGUAGUAUUAGCCACAAUAAUUCAAAUGAAGAAAAUAAUAAAAAUUCCGAAUAUCAAGUGUCUCCACUAUUUGGGGAUAAAUUUGAAGAUACAGAUAUAUGGAAAGAAAAUAUUUAUGGACAAAUAUCGGAAUGGAUCGAUACAGAUAAUACAAAUGAAGAUUUUAGCAAAUACUCUAUCGAUGCUCUUAAUAAACAAAUACAGUGGUCAAGUUAUAUAUCAGUAAACAAUUUAAUUAUUAACACCCCAUUAUAUAAUAAAUGUGAUAAUUAUGCUAGAUGCAUUAAUUCCAAUAUUCACAACUACAAUGGAGUUUCAAUAACUCUAAAAGUUCCAUUAGCCCAAAAAAUAAAAGAUAUCGAACACCUAAAUACUAAUUUUAAUAAUAUUUCAAAAAAUAAAGAUAGUAGUAAUGAUGCAUGUGAACAUAUAAUAAACGGAUGGAAUAUUUGGGCUAAGUUUAUAUCUUAUUGUAAUUUUGAUUUUUCAAAUAUGAAUGUAGCUAUAGAAUUUGUAAACAUAAAAGAUAUUAAUAUUAAUAAUAUAAAUUUAGAUAUAUGGAAAUCAGAACCCGUUAAAUUAAUAAUCAUACCUCUCGAUGUAUUUUUUAUAGACUCUAAAACUGGAUAUCCAUAUUUACCGAAAAAAUUGAAAGAUCUUUUAAUAUUUUUUUUUAGAAAAAAUAUUGAUGUAGUAUUAACUGCUCGCAAAAAGGGGGGAGAUAAUUACAUAUACAAUACGGAAAGCGGAGGCAUAUAUUUGGAAGGAAAAAAAAUCGAAAUAGACGAAAUGAAUAUGAUAGAAAAAACAAAUAAUAGAUAUAAAUUAGGUAAAGAUGCUAAGGAAAAUCCAGAGGCUAAGAAUGAAUUCGUUGACAAUAUUUACUAUCUGAAAUGUUGUAUAUAUUACUUAAAAAGAUUGUUUAUGUCAAUUGAAAAUUUUGAUACCCACACUUUAUUUGACAGCUCAUAUUGGGAUUAUUUACAAAUUCCCUUGCAACCAUUAAAAGACAAUUUAUCAUCUCAAGUUUAUGAAAUAUUUGAAAGAGAUAAAACAAAAUAUGAGAAAUACGAGUUAGCUAUUUCAAAGUAUUUAUGUGAUGAACUAAACAAAAAAAAAUAUAAUAAUGAUAAUCUUAACCUAUCAAAUGAAGAAAAUAAUAAUUCAGAUAAAAGUAAGAUAAGUAAAUCGGAUGAAAGACAUUUUAUUAUAUUUGUAGUAGGGGCUGGUAGAGGGCCGUUAGUCGAUUGUACAUUAAAAGCGUUAGAAACGAAUAAAAUAAAUAACUAUUCUAUUUAUGCAAUAGAAAAAAACGAUAGUGCUAUUUUAGUAUUAAAAAAUCGAUUGCUAAAUGAAAAAUGGAAAAAUGUUAAAGUUAUUAAUAGUGAUAUGAGGCAUCUAAAAAUAGAUAUAAAAGCAGAUUUAAUUGUUAGUGAAUUAUUAGGUUCAUUUGGAGAUAAUGAGCUUUUCCCUGAAUGCUUAGACAGUAUGGAAAAAUAUUUAAAAGAAGACGGGAUUAGUAUUCCACAAAAUUGUUUAUCUUAUGUUGAACCAAUUUCGUGCGCAAAAGUUUAUUAUAAAUUAUGUAAUAACAAUUUUCCAGGAAAUAAUGAGAAUUUUUAUGUUAUUAACUUAUAUUCUUAUUAUAAAAUUUCAGAAGGGCCUAAAGAAUGUUUUUAUUUUGAUAUACCAAGUAAAAAUAUAAAAAAUGAUAAUUCUAAUAAUAAUCGUUAUAAAAAUAUCAACUUUAAAGUAAUAAAUGAUUCAUAUUUACAUGGAUUUUUAUGUUACUUUAAUUCAAAAUUAUAUAAUGAUGUAUAUUUAUCAAUUGAACCAAAUACCCAUACAAAUAACUUACACAGUUGGUAUCCUUUAUUCAUUCCAAUCAACAAAAUUAUUUUUUUAAAAAAUAAACAAAACCUUUCUUUUAGUAUUUGGAGAUUAACAGAUAAUCAUAAAAUAUGGUAUGAAUGGUGUGUCAAUGAACCAACUAGUACAAAUAUACACAAUUAUAAUGCCCGACAUUUUUCUAUUGGUAAAUAA